AUGGAAAUCAUCUCAAGGCCUCAAGAGAAAGAAAACCCUUCUCUCAUAAACUCACCAAACAACUAUGGAAGCAGUACUACUAGCAACAACAACAGCAACAGCAACAGCAAUGGAGGAUCAUCAUCAUCAUCAUUCCACCACCACCACCAAGUACCAACCCCACCAUUGACCCCAAAAACCAUCUCUAGAUCUGAAACUAAUCCAUACCCUACAACCUUUGUACAAGCAGACACAUCUACAUUCAAACAAGUUGUUCAGAUGUUGACAGGAUCAUCAGAAACUGCUAAACAAGCCUCCAAAACAACUUCUUCAGAUCCACCAACACCACCAUCAUCAUCCAACAGAGGCUGCAUACCACUUAUCAAGACUUCACCAAAGAAACAAAGCUUUAAGCUCUAUGAGAGAAGGAAUAGCCUGAAAAAUGGACUCAUGAUCAGCCCUUUAGUCCCAGGAUUUGCACACAACUCAGGCUUUUCGUCGCCCAAGCCGGAGAUCUUAUCGCCGAGCAUUCUUGAUUUUCCAUCACUUGUUCUUAGCCCUGUUACAACAUUAACUGAAGACCCUUUCAACAAGUCUUCUCCAUCAAUGUGGAGUUCAUCUUCUGAAGAGGAAAAAGCUAUAGCUGAGAAGAAGUUUUACUUGCAUCCAUCACCAAGAACAACAACGCCUAGAGACUCUGAGCCACAACUCUUGCCAUUGUUUCCUCUUACUUCACCCAAAAUUUCAGGCUCUUCUUCUUGA